AUGGAGAAGAGCGAGGGAGAGUUGAGCGACUCAGAAGAAGAAGAGGCGAAGCCGCCACUCUCCAAGAAGGCCAAGAAGGAGCCGCCUGUGGGGAACGAGGCAGGAUGCAGUGACGUGGACCCCAAAGGGACCAGCCGUAAGUCGAGGUCAAGGGCCAGAAAGAAGAUGAAGAAAAUGGCCAAACGAGAACAUGCAGAACAGAACCAAGCCAAGCUAAACCUGACCAGACAGGACAAAACCGUGCUAGAGCUGGUCAAACAGGAACAAGCCGUGGGAGAACUGGCAAGGGAGGAGGGACGGCUGGUAAAAUUGAAGAUCAGAGGAGCACCUAGUUCAGACUACAGAGCCAUACUGACCCAGCUGGCAACUCUCCUGCCUUCCUCCUCCUCCUUUACCAACAGUCCCACCUCUACUGCUGUGGGCCUACUGCCCCAGACUGCCAACCACUCUACUCCACCGGAGUGUACUCUGCCUCUGUUCAAAACAGCAGCAUUCCAGGCAGCUAUCCUCCACCUCCUACUUGGAGACGACACGCCCCCUGAUCCUAGGCUCGCCGAGCUCCGUUCUCACGACGUGGCUGUCCUCUGGCUCUCGAUGGUGUCGGCUGAAAUGUUUCUCUCUCGUCCGGACCUGUUCUCCGGUCUUGCCUCCCUCUCUCCCUCGGUUCAACUCCUCCUGAACCACCCCGGAACCGAGUCCAGCGCAAAGCUGGGUCUCGAGGCCUUCCUGUUCAAGUCCCCCGGCGAGACUGAGGAGGGAGGAGGAGGGGAGGUGGGGAGGAAGGCUCUGACAAAACUAUGGUAUCUUUUGAGCGUGGCGACAUGA